AUGUCACGACAGUGCUUUUUACGGUGUUUAUUAGAUUCGCAUGCGCCUAUAACAUUACCUCAUGAUAUUGAAGUAUUUGUAGGUCGAAGUAAGAUUACUAAGAUUAAAGACCAAUCUUGUUCUCGCCAGCAAAUUAGUCUAAAAGCCGAUUGUGAAGAAUGUCUGGUUAAUGUUAAACCUAUGGGAAUUAAUCCUUCUGGAUUAGAUGGAUUUGCUUUAAAAAGAAAUGGUGAAUAUAAAGUGAAACAUGGAAGUAGGAUUGAAAUUUUGCUAAAUAAUUACAUCCACGUUAUAGAAUUCGAUCCACCUCCUGAUGACUAUGACAAACCCAAACAAAUGAAGAGAAAACUGGAAGAAGAAAAAUUAGAUUCUUCACCAAGAAAAAAAUCCAGAACUCAAUCAGAAUUGGAACCAGCUCUAAAAGAAACUAUGGACAGUGCUUGGGAAGAAAUUGAUAGAGGUGAACUUUAUGUAUUCACAGCAAAAGGUGUAAAAUCUAGUAGCAAAAUAGCAGCUUUUGAUAUGGAUGGAACAUUAAUAAAGACAAAGUCUGGAAAAGUGUAUCCUGUUGAUACUAAUGAUUGGCAAAUUGCUUUUCCCCCAGUAGUAAAAAAGUUGCCAGAAAAAUUAAAAGAAGGGUACAAGUUAGUAAUAUUUAGUAAUCAAUCACCAAUUGGUAGUGGAAGAGUUAAAAUUGAUGAUUUUAAGAAAAAAAUAGAAGGGUUGGUUGAGAGGUUAAAUGUUCCAGUACAAGUGUUUUUGGCAGCUGGUAAAGGAUUUUAUAGAAAGCCAGCACCAGGCAUGUGGAAACUACUUGUAGAAAAGAAAAAUGAUAAUAUACCAAUAGAUAUGCAUAAUAGUUUCUUCUGUGGUGAUGCAGCUGGAAGAGUUGCAAAUUGGGCACCGGGGCGGAAGAAAGACCAUUCAAUGGCUGAUAUCCUCUUUGCUGAUAACCUUGGACUGACAUUCUACACACCAGAACAGUUCUUUUUAGGGCAUUCUAUAUCAAAUGUACCAAUGAGCAAGCCUGAGUUUAUACCUAAAGAUAUUAAAUCUGAACCUUUCAAUGAAGCAUUAAUUAUUAGUGAAAAAGAGCUUUUAGUGCUAGUUGGUUUUCCUGGAAGUGGCAAGUCUUUUAUUGCAAAACAAAUUGAGAAAAAAACUGGUAACAAAUAUGUAACUGUGUGUAGAGAUGUUAUUGGUACUUGGCAAAAAUGUGCAGCUGAAGCGACUAAGUUAUUGCAGCAAGGUAAAAGUGUGAUAGUGGACAGUACAAAUCCAGAUAAAGAAUCACGAGCGCGCUGGACGUCACUUGCUAAAAACAUGAAGGUACAGUGCCGGUGUGUUAGAAUGAUGACCACGAAGGCCCACGCACUACACAAUAACAAGUUUAGAGAAAUCAUGAAGACGAAGCAUUUACAAGUUAACGAUAUAAUUUUCAAUACAUACAAGAAUAAAUUCGUAGAGCCAAGUGUUAAUGAGGGAUUCAAAGAAGUGAUAGAAGUAAAAUUUAGCCCCUGUUUUGAAAAUAAAGAAGCUGAAAAUAUUUAUAAACUGUAUUUAUUGGAAAAA